AGCGUAAGUAUUGCUUUACAGACAGCGGCGGGCGCCUUGUUUUAUGGAUGCUACCAAAUACUCGUACUGAGGACUUACUCCUUUUAGCAAACCGACGACUUCAUUCCUGAACCCUCUACUUCUACCCCCCAUUCUACCCCCUUCUUUUCGCUCGUCUCUCAUUAACCAUUCCAUUCACAUUACUCGAGUAUCGGUCCCUAUCACAAACGCCGCCCCAGCCUCGACAGGCCAGUCCCAGGGCCAGGCUAGACUCCGCCUGAUUCAGACAUCACCACCACAUCCCGACAACGCCCCUAAACCGCCACCUCGAAUAUCUUCCAGUAUCUGCAUCUGCAUUUACAUCUGCCACUUUUCCCUUCCCCGCACCGUGACGUUACUGUUGCCGUUGGAAUAGCUUCACAUAUUCCCCUCCCUAUCGCUCCACCUAGCCGGCAGAGCUAAUGCUUCCUCCUCCGGGCUCGGAGGCCUCACUUCUUCCCUUGCUCGAAUCUAUACCAACAGGCGCUCUCUCGUCUGCCAUAGCCACAGCUACCUCUGUACUUCCCACUGCGGCCCACGCGCUCUCCACUGCCACGGGUGCUGCUGCUGCCAUCGCAACAGCAGCUGUCGCGUCCCAGUCCUCAGACGGCUCACCGUACAAUGAACCUCCAAAUGGCGAAUGCCAGUUAUUAGGCCCUUUUGCAAUUCUCGUACAAGGAUCCUUGGGACUAUGUGCCCUGUUAGCUUUGGUAUUCAAACGAUGGCGAGAACGACCGCAGCGGCCCGUCAAGAUCUGGUUUUUUGACGUGUCAAAACAAGUAGUGGGGAGCGUGUUGGUACAUAUUGCGAAUUUACUCAUGAGUAUGAUGUCCUCUGGACAAUUCAGUAUAAAGUUGGAUCCAGCCACGGUAGCUCAGAGGCGGGCGCUAGACAAUCGCGGAGAGUAUCAACCCAAUCCUUGCUCGUUUUACUUGUUAAAUCUGGCUAUUGAUGUAAGUGAUUUGUCUCCUUUGCUUGUUGCAAAUCAUGAGCUAACCCCAUGUCAUAGACUACAAUCGGAAUCCCCAUCCUAAUUUUCCUUCUUCGAAUCCUCACAGCCCUUUUUGCGAGAACUGAGUUCGGUACCCCCCGCGAAUCGAUAGAAUCGGGGAAUUAUGAUAACCCACCACGAUCGUUAUGGUGGUUGAAACAAUCCUUUAUAUAUUUCUUAGGGCUUUUAGGCAUGAAGAUUUGCGUUCUCAUCAUAUUCCUAGUUCUCCCCUGGAUAUCUCGUGUUGGAGACUGGGCACUGCGGUGGACCGAAGGGAAUGAGGUGUUACAAGUCAUCUUCGUCAUGUUGGUAUUCCCGGUAAUUAUGAACGCCACACAAUACUAUAUCAUCGACUCGUUCAUCAAGAACCAAAAUCCCGAUCACGCACAUGAACUGAUCCCCGACCACGAUGAUACGGCUCGUGUGGUCAACCGCUAUGAGGAUCCAAGAGAUGGAGGCGACGAAGAUUCCGACUCCGACGAAGACCCCGAAGUCCAAGUCAAGGCAGAUAUUGUGAGGAAGGCGCAUAAGAAGAACCGCCAUGGGAGCGGAAGCAACGACUACGAUCCGUUAUUUGAUGGCGAGACAAGUCCUACGGUUGUAGGGAGUGCCAGUACGAGCCACCGAACUCGGCUGGAAGGAGAUGACGAAGGGAAGAAAUCUAAUCGAUAGAGCAGGAAGGAGCGAUUUGAGUCCAGCGGGUUUUCACUUUGACUUCUUUUCUGGGGGGAAUCGAUUGUAUAUUGUGUACAAAGCGUCCGUCGAUUCUGAGAAUGACAUGCAUGGAGUAGGGGCGUUUUUCUGUUUUUGUGUUUUCCUUGAAUUCGUAUAGGAAGGAAGGAGCAUUGUUGUUUUACCUUGCAUAGCGAAAAAAUUACUUCUUCUUUUUGUCCAAAUAGAACUCUUGGAGAGCUUAAUUUUCUGAAGAUUAGUUACUGUAGGAGGUAGAAAUCUUUUUAACUAAACUUGUUUUAUUUUCUUUCG